AUGGAGACCAUCGUCCAGUACCAACACUUUCCAACGCCCGCCAGCUUAGAUCGUCCUCCCAAGCUGGUAGAGGCACUCCACCACGGCGGCCCGAGCGCGCUCAUCAGCUCGCCUCUGGCAUCUUAUCGACCCAGCCUUGCCCUGGCCACGCCCUCCUUCACCCAUGCUGCCGCUCGUAUGCGUGCCUACACUACGCCUACGGAGCCCUCUCAACCUAUCUGGCCGACCCCUGAUCCAUGUAUUACAGGCGGCUCUGAUGCCACAUCAGUCAAGCAGACACCUCGCAAUAGGUCGAGGACGAUAGCUCAAGCUCUCGUUCACGAGAUCGAAGUAUCUGCCAAAAAUGCCGACAGCGCAGCCAAAGCUAAGACUACCGAGCAGGACGCUCAGGUCACUCGUCUGCACCAUGCCGAAGCUCAUCAGGUGCAAUUCCCUACGCCGGUCAGCUUGCUAUCUUGUAAGACAGCAUCAUACACCGCCGGUCCAGCUCAGAGCCAUCAUGCGCAUCUCCAUGCACCUAUCGCAACUGGAUCGCCGCCCAUGUCUCGACCCGGUCGCAAGCGUACAUCGACAGAAGUACAGCGUCAGAUUGAGCAUCACAAGAAACGCAUUUCUGAAAUGACGCUACUCAAGAUCCCAGCUCGUGAAUCGUCGGAACGCUCUACGUUCGUCCAAGCUGCCCUCGCUUCGCCAGAUCAGCUCAGUCCACGCGCCUGGCGAUAUCAUCGACGUACAAACAGCAUCUCCAAUGUCGUACCGGAAGCCUCUGUCGUAUCCUCGGCCGGUCUGUCGAAUGCGCAUGCCCCAGCUUAUGCCAAGUCAGCUCUUGGUGCCCCCUUUGGCUAUCCGGCAGGCUAUAGCGAGAUAGAAUAUCGUCAUGCCGUGCCAUUUGUUGGCUCUUUCACUGCUCGCAUUCAUAGCGGGCCUACAAGCUAUUGGCCAACGCCAGACUCGUCACGCGAAAGCGCCGCCUACAAUCCUGCCAACUUUGCUCUGCCUCCGUCACCCACCUUCUCAAGCUCUUCGGCUGCAUCAGAGACAAUAGAGCGUCCACGUAUGCGCACAAAGCGUGGCUACCGCGCGAGCAAAAUACAACAGCUCGCGUCACCUCCUGCAAGUAUAGCUUCCUCGGAUGAGCCCCGUAGAUCAUCGCUCGAAGAUGGCUUGACGCGCAGACAGCAACGCAAGGCCUCUCUAUCUGCCAGAGUCGCAGCUAAUGCACGACCUCGCAAAGUCUCGCCGGCUGAAGUGCUGCCCAUCAAGCGAGCACGCCGCCAGACUCGCAAAGUACAAAGCCCACAGGCAGAAGACGACGUGGAAUCUGUCGCAGACGAAGACGAAGUCGCUCGUAAUGUCAGCAUACCGAUCGAAGAGAUCAAGAUGCACGAGAGCGACCAUGAGGGUGGUACAAUGAAAUUCACUCAGACAAUGUGGAACGCACUCUCAACGGACGCUUAUUAUCCUUUCUUGCGCUGGGAUCCCGUCAAUGGAGCCAACAUCAUGGUUCGCAUGAACUCUCGCGAGAUGCACGCCAAGUUCCUGGCUGUACACUUUGGACACCAAAAUCCGGCCUCAUUCCAGCGCCAGCUGAAUGUCUAUUCCUUCCGACGCUUGCCUCGCUCGGCAAUGUCUGUCAUCCUUGCGCAUCCGAAGAUGAAGGGCCAUCGACCCGACGAAUGGGCUGGCUUCCAUAAUGAGUUCUUCCAUCGCAGUCACAAGGAGUUGCUCAGCAAGAUCCGACCGCAAGCCAAGUCAGGUCGAGCGGCCAACAAGCGCCGAACUGGCAGAAAGUCGGACAGCUUGCCACCCAUCACAAAACGUCAACGCGCCAUGCGAUCGACGAGCAAGCGACGUACUUAUCACGAUGAUGACGAGGAUGAUGAGGAUCAGUCAGAGAAUGGCUACUCGGAUGGCAUGGAGGAGGACUAG